AGUGACGAUCCAAAAACGUCAUCUUUGAAAUUUCCCUUCUAACCCCAACCGUCCUUCAAGAUCGUCAGCGGUCAUAACAUCUAUAGUCUUACUCUACUACGGGUAGUAAUUUCCAUUUAUUAUUAUUAUACAACUAUUACUGGAAACUAAUAUCUCUUAUCCAUGACUGCGAGCGCUUCAGCAAAAGACAGAGACUUCUCUGUGGGUGAAGAUUCCCUUGGCCACAAUUUGGGAUCUGACUGCUCCCAUGGGACGACGACGCCAGUCAGUUUUGGACUCUGAUGGUGGCCAAACAAGAUAUUGAGAACAUAUGAGCUCUACCUUAAAAAUCAACUGUUGCAUGUGUUUAAUGUGGAACCUGGAUAAAUGGCAAUUAUGUAUACCAAUGUUGAACAAUAGAUUACCAUCUGAUGAUUAUUAAUAUGACAUCUAAAAAUGACUUUUGCGUUUCAUUUUUUUGCAGAGUAUAUUUUCACGAAAUUGUAAACUUGGUACAUAACAAACGUCCUUGUGUGGAAAUGCAAAUAAGCUUUGAAAAGAACGACUGCAGCUCACCAAUGGGCACAUCGUUAAUAUUUUCUGGUCAUGGCCAGACCACCCGUCAUGUGGGCGUGGUACCUACUGUAGCGUCAGUCAUCUGUAGUCUCGGUGCUUGAUUGACACCGACCAGCACACAGGUUAUAAAUUGCAAGGUGACGUAUUGAAAGUUAUUUAUCCCACAGCUUGCAGUAGGUGAGCUCUGUCAGCUAAGCUUCCAACUGAGAUAUCGCAACAUACUACAGCAACAAUGAGCCGUAUCUUCUUGAUGGUAGUAGUCAUACUCGGUAUGGUCUUCGUAGAUGAGUCUAAUGGCCUGUCUUGCGUUCCAUGUGAACAAGACAAGUGCGCCAGCCCCAAAUGCCCUGUACGCCAGCAGAUCAAAGAUCUCUGUGACUGCUGUGACAUUUGUGGUCAGAGAAUCGGGAAGCCCUGCUCUGGAUUUAACCAGUGCGUGAAUGGCUUAUUGUGCAUAAAGAUAGAUGGGAACGAAGCAACAUCACGGCUGAAACUGUUCUGGGACGAUACCUUCACGGGCGUGUGUGGAAUUCUAUCAACGCAAUCAAGGAAUAGAGGUUGACUAAUAUUGCUAAAAGCGGCGUAAAACCAUACUCACUCACAGAUCAUCGUUGCAACUGACGAUUAAAUAAAGAACUUCAAA